AUGUACCUUGUCCAACCAUUCCAUAUCUGGGUUCUAUUUGCUACCAGUGCCAUCGCCCUCCCGUCCCAAAUAAAUCACCCCGCAGGUUAUACUCGGGGUAUAGAUGCACUCAACACAAACCCUGAGCGCCAUCAGAAUACUAUCAACCCUGACAGCAUUAAUGCGAUUCAAGCAAGCACAGAGGGUCGAACUUACCCACUUCAUCAUCCCGAAGUUAUAAAACUACUUACAGAUCCCACACUGCGAUCCACAAAGCAUUAUUACUGCCCUCAUUGCCACGAUGGCCCCAAGUCCACCAGAGAGGAAGUAUACGACCAUAUCGAAACCCACGACCCACCACUAAACACACACACAUAUAUCAAGGGAAAGGACACCAAGAUAACAUUUGAGAAGAUCAAGGAAUAA